AAAAAUGCCAAAAUGUCUGUUGUCCGUUGAGGUUGCAUUGCAUAGUUUUCGAGGGUGUUUUCAAUUUAGAAUCCGCGUUUUUUAAAACUACACACAAUUUUGCAAUAAAAUGCGGUCCUCGUGAUAUAUUUCAAGUAUAUUUAAAUUAGUUCUGUUGGGAUCGAGAAGUUCUCUGCAUUUCCGCCCGCAUUUUUAGUUAAAGUUUUGUCGGUACAAAAUUGGAAGCGGGACUAUGGCAUCGUUCAGAAUUCACGAGGAUCAGGAAAAUACUGCGCUGGGUUUAAGAAAAGAUGCUGACGUGUUCUCAGCGGCCACCCAACGCCGCGCCCUCGGCGACCUCAGCCAGUUCGCUUGCCACCAAAACCGAAGUCUAAAACAUGCUGGAAUGACUAAUGGACCUUGCAAACCUCAAGAUGAGAAUCGAACAGUGCGGCAGAUCAAAAAUGAAAAAAAUAUUGUACCCCCUGUAGCUCAAUUUCGCGCGUUUAGUGUGUACGAAGACAAACCGACAGAAAUCGAAGUUAAGAAACGUGAACCUACGUUUAAACCAUUUGUUGCCAAAGAGAUAAGAAAGGACAACUUCUUUAUAAACGCUGCAGAGAAUGUUAAGGCACUAUGUGCACAGGUUGAAAAGAAAAAGGAACCAGAACUGAAGAAAGAAGCAGUGCCAAUUAGACUAGCAUUGCAAGAAAAGAAAGAUGUUGAAAAAGAUAACUUGGUGGAGUCACCAAUGUCAGUUGUUGACACUAGCAUUCUUUCAAUGUCAAUCUCAAAGAACGAGAGUCAAAUACUUGAGGAAAAUGAUGAAGACACAACUACCGCACAGACUGAUCGUGAGAUGUUCUUCCAUGUUGUGGAGUACAGACAAGAUAUUUAUGAUUAUAUGAGGAGUAUAGAGGUAAAGAACAGAGCUAAUCCCCGCUACAUGCGCAAGCAGCCAGAUAUCACACACGUUAUGAGAUCCAUUCUCAUUGACUGGUUGGUUGAAGUGUGUGAUGAGUACGGACAGCAGAGUGAGACCCUACACCUGGCCGUGUCAUAUGUGGACCGCUUCCUAUCCUACAUGAGUGUAGUACGCACUAAACUUCAACUUGUUGGCACUGCAGCAACUUACAUCGCCUCGAAAUAUGAAGAGGUAUACCCACCAGAAGUAUCCGAGUUUGUGUAUAUCACAGACGAUACCUACACGAAGCGUGAAGUCCUGCGAAUGGAGCAUCUGAUCCUAAAGGUGCUGUCCUUCGACCUGUCCACGCCGACCGCGCUUGCCUUCCUCUCCCACUUCUGCAUCACUAAUGGAUACUCCAAGAAGAUAUUCCACUUAGCCGCUUACAUCGCGGAACUGUCCCUUCUGGAAGCGGAGCCAUACCUGCAGUUCAAGCCGUCUGUGAUCGCAGCGGCGGCGCUAGCAACGGCUCGGCACUGCCUGCUGUGCGAGCGAGACAACUGUACCCAGCGGGUCAGCGAAGAACAACCCUUGCACCAAGAGUGCACUAACGUCGCGUGGCCAGCAGAGCUUGCGGCUCACUCCGGCUACUCUAUGUCCGACCUGAGCCUGUGCGCACGUGAGCUAAGCCGCUCCCACGCGCAUGCGCCGCACCAGCCCUACCAGGCCAUCCCGGACAAGUACAAGAACAACAAAUUCGACGGCGUUUCAACAAUCGAAGCCAAACCCAUGUUCCCCGUAGCGAAGUACCAGCCGCCGGCCGCAGCCCGACCGCCCCCGGAAACCAAAGCAAGCUAGUGCAACAAUAAACUUGGUUCAACCUUAACCCAAUUUGCCACACGAAAAUAUACAUGGUUUUUCCAAUCGCUUCUUUAUUCAAAUUGGCACAGUAAAAGCAGUGAGGCGUCAACACACAUCCUCGUACGUUUUUCCGAACCGCAUAAAUAACAUCUCGUACUGAACUUCUACAAAAUAUACCGUGGUAAAAUUACGAACGAACCGGGUAUGUUGUAUGUAUUUCACGCGUGUACAUGUACUUUUACUUUGCCGACGGAUAGACAUAUGCUCUCGCACGUGAUCAAAUUUAAUACCACUUCAUGUCUAAGCGAGUAACGCGAAUCCUUCUAAAUUAAGUAUUUUGUGAGGCUUCCAAUAAGAGGCAAAUCUGAGCGGAAGUCGUUCAGCUCAUUACGGGAUUUUAUUAACAAUAUUUUAAUAUUACAUAUACAAUAUCACCAAAUAAAACAAGUGGCGCAAAGAAAAGUGUUAUAAAAAAACCCUGUUAUGAAUAAAGCUGUGGAAUACUGUGUACCGAAAAUCCAUGUUUGUUCCUAGCCAACUUGCUGAAACUAGCUGUAGUAACAAAAAAGUCUUAAUUUGUAGGGCGGUAUAAAAAAGUACAGGUCUCAGAUAAAUUAUAAUUGCAGCGCUCCAACUAUAUUAAACAGACUAUUUAUACCAAUAAAAAAUGCGGUCAUAAAUAACACGCCCAAGCCAUUCGUAUUUCAUAUUUUUUCUAAGCUACAUUCCUUAGUCAUUAGAACUUUUCCUUAACUUUACACAGUACAUUUUCCCUAAAUUAGUCAAGAAAAUUGUAUCGGUAUAAUGGACUAUUCUUACAAGCAUUUAUCAUAGUUUUCUCCAACCGUUGUGUUAAUUUGCGAUACCUAAGCAACGUCGAUCUAAAUCUAAUAUAAUGGACUCUAAAACCCCAUUUAAUUUUUAAUGCACCCCGAUCAUAGGUUUGAAAUGAAAGGGUUCGCAAUUAAUAUAAAAAAAUAUUUUUGAAUACUGUUUUAUAUUAAUUAUAUUUCGGCAUCGUUGUCAAUAUUCUGUCUAAGAGCUUACCACAUUCAAAUAGUAUACUUAUGUAGUUUUGUAUGUAUUUGGAGCGCAGCGGAAAUCAAUAAUUGUCUAUGUUACAGGUAUUAUUUUAGAUAUAUUUUUAUCGUGCUCAUGUUCGCAUUUAUUACAAUUAAGCACCUGUGAAA